CUUGUUUGAUCGUUCGUGGUGUUUGGACGUGUUGCAUUAUAGUUGUCGUUGCAUUUUCUGUCUCGUUCUUACAAGUGCCUUUUAUCAUAUACUUUUUUUUUUGUGCGAAAUACCGUUGAUUAUACUACGCUAAAAAAGACCUAAACGUGGAUAUGAAGUACUUAAAUGUGGCGGAGAAAAACCGUGCAGCUAAGGAAAUAGCUGAUAAAUUGUACUAUCCUGGAACGGUCAGAAGAAGUGAAGGCUUUUCGGUUUAUAAUAAAAUUUAUGAAUUUGAAGCAACAGUUCAGGGUAUCAAAAGUGAAAUGAUAAUGACAUCGGUGUCAGGACAUUUGAUGUCAUUCGAAUUUCCUAGUAAUUAUUCUACUUGGGAUGACGUUGAUCCACAAAGCCUAUUCGAUGCACCCGUACACAAAGCUUGCAGUGAAAAAUAUAUAAAACACACUCUGGAACAGGUGGUACGCAGUUGCAAUGGUUUAAUCGUAUGGACAGAUUGUGAUCGUGAGGGCGAGAAUAUUGGUUUUGAAAUUAUAGAUGUAUGUCGUGCUAUUAAUCCUAAUAUUACCGUAUAUAGGGCGAAAUUCUCGGAAAUUACUAACGCUGCGGUUAAUAGUGCCCUACAGAACUUAACACAGCCGGACAAACGUCAAAGUGAUGCAGUGGAUGUGCGUAGAGAAUUGGAUUUAAGGUCAGGAGCGGCUAUAACACGUUUACAAACAAUGCACUUAAGAAGAUUAUUUCCCAUAAAAAUAUCUAAUAACCAAUUAAUAUCUUAUGGCAGCUGUCAAAUACCCACAUUGGGUUUUGUGGCCGAACGCUAUAAGGAAAUUGAAGCAUUUGUGUCGGAACCUUUUUGGAAGAUUAAGGUAACGCAUACCAUAGACGAUGUUACGGUAGAAUUCGUUUGGGCCCGCAAUCGUCUCUUUGAUAAACAGGCCUGUGAAGACUAUUAUCUUUCGGUUAUAUCAAACCCCAUCGCGACUGUGGAAAGUGUUACUAUAGAACAAAAAACCAAAUGGCGACCCACACCUUUGAAUACGGUGGAAUUGGAGAAAUUAGGUUCCCGUAUAUUGAAAUUAUCCGCCAAAGAAGUUAUGACUAUAGCGCAAGAUUUAUAUAACGAGGGUAUCAUAAGUUAUCCACGUACGGAAACUAAUAUGUUUUCCCAGGCAAUUGAUUUGGAUUAUUUAGUUAAGCAGCAAACGGGUCAUGCAGUUUGGGGUUCAUUUGCUCAGCGUGUGGCAGAAUGGAGACCUAAUCCUAGAAAUGGCGAUAAAUCUGAUCAGGCCCAUCCUCCGAUAUACCCCAUCAAAAUGGUGACACCCGAUGAAAUUGCUGCCUCCGAACAGCAAGAUAUUGCUGCUAAAAGUUCUAUACUUGGAGAGGUAGGUUCUUCAGCUAAAAAACCAAAAUUAGAAAAUACGGAAACAAUAAAUGAAGAUUGUUCAGCUAUUCGAGUAUAUACUGGGGAAUCCAAUUGGUAUUCUGGAGACAUGUACAUUUCGGAUAGUGAAGAAGAAGUAAAUUGCAAUUGCGAUAUACCUGCCAUUAGGUUGACUGUAAGAAAAGAAAACCAUAAUAAGGGGCGAAAGUUUUAUAAAUGUUCUAAUCGUGAAUGUAAUUUCUUUCGAUGGGCUGAUUAAACUGAAGAUUGCAGUCAAUUUUCUUAGGGCAGUGCCUCCUCAUCUGCCUUAGCCAGUUUAAUCAAAAAAACGUUUUUUAACGAGAAACCUACCCGUUUCUAAUUUUCCACAAAAAGCUGAAUAUCUAAAAACUAGUUUUAUCAACACAACUACUUCUUUUUAAUAUUAUACUCAUAUUUUAAUCAAAAUUUAAUUUAUAUUUGUAAGAAUAUAUGUAUGUAUU